AUGCUUUACUUCCAGAUGGUGAUCAUGGCAGGGACCGUGAUGCUGGCUUAUUACUUCGAGUACACGGACACCUUCACGGUCAACGUGCAGGGCUUCUUUUGCUACGAGGGCUCCUACCGCAAGCCCUACCCGGGUCCGGAGGACAGCAGCGCCGUGCCCCCGGCGCUCCUCUACGCGCUGGCCGCAGGGGUCCCGGUGCUGGUGAUAAUCAUUGGAGAAACUGCAGUGUUUUGUCUACAGCUAGCUACAAGGGAUUUUGAAAACCAAGAAAAAACCAUAUUAACUGGAGACUGUUGUUAUAUAAAUCCACUGGUGCGCAGAACCAUCCGAUUCCUUGGAAUCUAUGCAUUUGGACUGUUUGCUACAGAUAUCUUUGUAAAUGCUGGACAAGUAGUAACAGGGAACCUUGCACCACAUUUUCUUGCACUUUGUAAACCCAACUAUACAGCACUUGGAUGUCAACAGUUCACACAGUUCAUCAGUGGUGCACAUGCCUGUACUGGAAACCCAGAUCUUAUUAUGAGAGCCAGAAAAACAUUUCCAUCCAAAGAAGCAGCUCUUAGUGUAUAUGCAGCUACGUAUCUGACUAUGUAUAUUACCAACACAAUAAAAGCCAGAGGAACAAGGCUUGCAAAACCUGUUCUGUGCUUAGGCUUAAUAUGUUUGGCAUUUCUUACUGGUAUCAACAGAGUAGCCGAGUAUCGAAAUCACUGGUCAGAUGUGAUAGCAGGAUUUAUAAUUGGAAUAUCAAUAGCAGUGUUUUUGGUUGUAUGUGUGGUAAAUAAUUUUAGAGGAAGACAACCAGAACAUGAAAAUUCUCAUAUGGAUAAUCUGGCCCAGAUGCCAAUGAUCAGCAUCCCACGAGUAGAAAGUCCUUUAGAAAAGGUAUUACAGAAUCCAGAUAUUGAUAACAAUCAAGAAGACCCUUUACAACAAAACUCCUUCAAAGCACACCUCGUUAGGUUCUUCUCCUGGAUAACACGAAUGAACCGUUUCGAACAUCUUCACAUAAGGCAAUAA